AUGACUGGAGUACAAACCUUCGUCAUCACACAAAUAAUGCCCCCAGCGGGACUCGAACACGCGACCGCCGGCAAAGAAAAAGGCACCAUAAUAAAACGACAUGUUUCUUAUGCUCUAUAUGACGAAAAUUUUGGAAAGGAUGUUCAGAAAAAUUAUGCAAUGCCUUUAUAUUAUGACGAUUAUCAUAAUAAUGAAAAUGUUUAUUCUAUGAAACACAGAAAAGCUACAAAAGUUUUAUUGAAUUCAGGCGAUAAACAGAAUGCAGCGUCCAAUAUAAAUGAAGCUACAUCAAGUCAUUCAAAGGGCAAGAGCUCUAAAGAAAAAAACAUUAUUAAAAACUACAAAAAGGAAAUAUUAGAAGGCAGUUCUCUCGUGCGCGGUAAGGUAAAAAAUAAAGAACGAGAAUUUGCGUUGUAUGAAAUUAACGAUCCAGAGUUAUUGUGCGCUGCUCAUUUACAAUUAUUUGAAAAGCUCAUUUCACCCCGAGGAAAAACGUUAUGGAAUGAUUUAACCAAAGAUGAAACUGCGACAGUUAACAUAAAGAAUUCUAAAUGGUCAAAUCAAGACGUCAUCAUUCAGUAUAAACCAGUAGAAUACCUAACUCGAGAGGACUUUAGUCUUCCUUUGCAGAAUUUAUGUUUAAUCGUACCUUUAAAGGGUGCCGAUGACAUUUACCAAGAAGGUAAGGUGCGCGAUUUUUUUAUAGUGCCAAUGAAUGAUGUAAUAACUUUAAACGAUCUAGUUGGUGAAAAGAAACGAAACUUAAACGAAAAUGAAAGUUCAUCUGCAUAUAAUAUGUCCAUUGGUCAGGAUUAUCGUCGUGUUGGUGUAAGGACUACAAGAGCGCUUAUGAGUGAUCGUAAUGAUCUAAAAAUAUUUUCUCGGGGAUCUGAAAAGUAUCUUAAAGUGCCUCAUACAAAACCUCAUCAUGCUCAACUUGAUAUAGAAGCAAGAGCAGAUGAUAAUGAACUCGUUCUCGUUGGGGCUUUUGGUCGUCUAAUGACCAUUGUAUCAGAUUCGACUCGGGCAACUCGUACAGUAUUAACCGUACAGGCUUCUAACACGGGCUUAGCGGCGAGCAAUUUCAGAGUUUUAAUUCGUGACUGUAUCCCUUCAUCAAUGGUAAUGAGCGCUGAAAAUGCUGUGGCAGAUACAGUAAUGUUACCACCUAGACAUACUAAAAGUUUUCGCAUCAAUAUUCUUUUUAAAAUUCCCGUUGACAUUGCUCAUUGUGCUGUGGCAUUGGUCAAUGAUGAUGACGAAAGUAUUGCUGUUCGAGAUAUUAAAAUUAAAAAAGAAGAUCGUUGUUUCUGUGUGUGGUAUUGUGAUUGCGUAUGCUUAAGUGAAGAUCCUAAACUGCUGUGUCGUAGUUUAUCAGACGCCCAGCUCGUAGCUGCAGGACUGCCAGUACAGCGUGGAACACGACACGUUCGGUCUAUAUGUUACCCAGAUGUGGUCACUAUUAAUAUCUUCGUUACAAUGAUCGGAAUUUUGCUGGCUUUGUUGUUUCUUGGUAUUAUAAAGGGGUUUCUUGGGCUAAUAUUACGAGGUGGAGGCUCAUGGGGAUUGCAUUUAAUUCUUCAAACACCACGGAAGCUUGAACGAUAUUAUGAAUCGUCUUUGCGUUCUCGACGAGUAGUGUAUGAUAAAGAAGGCUGGCCUAUUCACCCUGACACUAAGCAACGUGAUAUUCGUCUCGUCAGCAAGUUACUAUGCCUUAUGACUUUUAUUGAAAAUGCUAUAAAUGCUAUUGAAAGUAUGAUCAAUCAAUUAUUACUAAGUAUUUAU